UACUUCUGGAACUAAGGACGUCAACCAAGACAUUUUUCUCAAAUUCUGGAAUGAACGAGGAAAAAUGGCUACCAUGUUACGAGAGAUUUGUCACAUCUGUGAUUCAUCUCUCGCAGCUCGACAUCAACCUCCACAAAGGGGAAUUUUAUUUUCACUUGAACCUCACAUCGCCAGGCGAAAUCAUCUUGAAGUAUUACGAUUCCAAAAAGGUGAUGUCGUUGCCGCUGACUAAAAGCGAAUACGAUUGCAUAUGGGCUUCGAACUGGAAUGAACGAAAGUCGAAACAAAUGAAGAACAGGUUUCUUUUUUUGAACUGUAUUGUGAGAGGCCAAGCAGGCAAAGGGUUUGAACGCAGACCAUGGAGGUACAUAAUGGUAUUCGAUACAAGGCACAGACGGCAAAGUAGCAAGGACUUGAAUACGGAGCUGAGCCCGCGGACGAGCAGUGUAAAUGCAUUCACGAUGUUCACAGAUUUAAGCUCGAAGCCAUUGACUAUACUUGAUGUAAACGUCGAAGUCAUUCGUAGCCAUGUAAUCUGCAUGCCAGGUCUCUGAUGCAUCCACAAACGGUACCAGCGAGGGAUCGUCAUCUACAUCAACAUCGAACUCAACCUCGUGUGCAAACGAUGAAGAAGGAGACUUGGACAGUGGUGAUGAUGAUGAUAAAUUCGAUCUUCCUGAAGAUUUAUCUCCUACCAAGAAAGCUGCUCGU